AUAUUAAAUACCAAUAGUGAAAACAUACCGAAAACAUGGUCAAUAUAUGUUAAAAAGUUUAUUCUGAUUUAAACAUAUUGAGGUGUUAGAAUUUUAUAAUAUAUUACGGCACAAACGUGCAAAAUGGACCAGGAGACCGCUAAAAAGCUCCUCGUUGAAGGAGGAACAUUUGUAUUCCUCGGUGUGCCCCAGGAGACACAAUUUGGUAUUGAUAUGCAAUGUUGGAAUACUGAAGAAGACUUUCGAGGAAUAAAAAUGAUUCCACCGGGUCUUCAUUACGUUCACUAUUCUGCUGUGAGCAAAGAAACCGGAGACAUUUCACCAAGAUCAGGAUUUAUGCAUUACUUUGAUAAAAAAGAGUUUGUCGUCAAAAUGUGGGAUAAAAAACUAGAAGAUAUUAGUAAGGAUGAAAUUAGUGAAGAAAGCAUUCAGCGCUUAAAAGAUAAUUUGCUCAACAUAGACAAGCACUUAGCCCCUUAUCCUUAUGAAAUAUGGCAAAAGUGGAAACAAUUAUCUUCUCAAAUAACAGCUGAGUUAGCACAGAAGCUCUCACCACUGAAUGGUCUUAUCAGAGCGUCGGUGGACUUACUGCCAAUGAGUGAUAAGGAUAGACCGAGAGGAAAUAAGUCAAAACAGUCCAUAGAACCUGAUCCUGUAUCAAAAGAAGUUCAAAGCGAUGAUUCAACUCCAGGCCAAUCUGGUGCUAAAAGAGUUAGAAGAAUCACAGAGGAAGAAAAAGAGCAAGCUAUGUUACCAGAUUUAAAGCCAGCCCCAGGAGAGGCAAUGAGGUUUACAGAAAUACCAAAAGAAAAAUACCCACCAGGCUCAACACCAGGGGAGAUAACGAAGCACUAUUUAGAUCAAACAUAUUCCUUAGAUCUCAUGAUUGCACAGCAUGAUGAGCCUCUACAUAUUAUUGGCGAGCUUCAGUUUACAUACUUAUGUUUCCUUAUUGGACAUUCUCUUGAAGCUUUCGAACAUUGGAAGAAUCUUGUUAUUUUGCUGUGUUCCUGUGAUAAAGCUAUUCUGAAAUAUCGAAAUGUUUACUUCAAUUUUAUUAAAACAAUUGAGACACAAAUUGAUGAAAUGCCAGGUGACUUUUUAGCAGACAUUGUGAUGAAUAAGAACGUAAUUUACAAAAAAUUACGAUAUUUUUUCCGCACAGUGUUCGUAAAUAAGAAGAAGAUUGAUGGUCAGUUAUUGUCUUUGAUUGUUCGAUUUAUUGAAAACUUAACCCAAAAGCUUAAGUGGGAUUUCACGGGACUUAAUGAUUAUGAAGAAGAUGAGAAACCUGUACUAGUUCUAUUUGACGAUUUUGUAGCAAUUGACGAACACUGUAUAUUAAGUUUGUAAUCAUUAUAUUUGUUUACAGUUUGAAUAAAAUUUAAUCUGCGGAAUAAA